UAGGUCUUGUGUUCAGAUAAUAUGGGGACCCAGAGUAAAUCCAGAGGAUUCUUUGAUCUUCGAUCCCAGUUUAUCUUCUAUGCGUCCUACCACAAUAAUCCUGCCAAUGUUGCGAUUCAUCUCUUCUGUAUCUGGAACAUUGUCUGGAGUGGCCAAGUUCUACUGCAGUUUACUCCGUCCCUGGUAUCUACCCCGGCCAUGGUUAGCUCCUGGUGCGAGCAUAUACACCUCAACUUCGCUGCUCUCACAACCCUGAUAUACGUGAUAGCAUACCUUCUCAUGGAUCCUUUAGCAGGAGGUUUAGGAGCUGCUCUCAUGGUUGGAAUAUACCUAGGAACAGGAACUCUAGUGAAUACAACUAGUACCCUGGGUGGAUGGCCUCUGUGGCAGGCUGUAUUACUGUUCCAUGUUACUAUGUGGAUAUUACAGUUUAUUGGGCAUGGAGUCUUUGAGAAACGUGCUCCUGCACUCCUCGACUCAUGGGACCAGGCUUUCAUCACAGCACCUUUGUUUGUUCUUCUGGAAGUUCUCUUCUUCUUUGGAUACAAGAAACAAUUCUAUCAGGAGUGUAUGGUACAGGUCCGAAAGAAUAUUGCAACAUUCAAGAAAAACCAUUAAAUUUGAGAUACUAAUUUAUGAAUGAAUGAAGUAGUCAUCCUGGUUACGGCUGGUUUAACUGCUUCGUCCAUUAAAUUCUUCUAUUGGUUCUUGAGGCACCCACAAUACCAAGAAUUCUUUAAUUGCAACCGCAUUUAUAAAUUUCUUGUUCGUAGAACAUAAAUAAAAUGGAAUCAGAAUAAAAAUAGUUAUUUAUUAGUUUUA